AUGAGUUUAUAUUUUACUUUAUUAUUUGCCUUUUUAAUAUUGAAAAUGUGCAUACUUUUCUUUAUUGUCCUUCCAUUGCCAAACAGAAUCAGAAAAUUGGUUUACAACAUCUGGAAUAAGCUAAGUAACAAACAAGAAUACAGAACCGUAUCAUAUAUCCUAUGGGUCAUUGUCGGUUUGCUAUUUAUAGACUCAUGGAAAAGAGCCAAUGUUCCAAUACAUCUACAUUUUCGCUCUAGCCGUGGGGAUAAUGAUGUCAGCGGAUCCGGUAGCACUUUGGAUGACCCUGUUACUUCUAUUCAGGGGUUUGCUACUAGGGCAUACAACCAGAGAAAUGUUUAUAUCUCGGGAUUUAUUUUGUAUUUCAUGGUUGUUAUCCCAUCUAUUAUGAGUUUGAUUAAAAGAUUGAUUAAAUAUCAAGAUUUGAUCGAUAAGAAGAAUGCUGGGAAACCAGAAGAAUUGGACAAAUUACAGACAGGUGACAAAGAUUUAGAUGAGUUAAGAGAUCAGUUGAGAAAGAGACAAAUCUCUUUGGAUGGAUUGAGAAUACAGAUAUCAAAUUAUGAAAAACAUUUUGAUGAAUUGGUUAGAAGUAACAGUGGAAACGAAGAAGACCCGGAAUUAAAGAAAACAAAUUAA